UGAAGUUUUGUGUCAAAAUCAGUCGAACAGAAGUCACAAAUUACACAUACAAUUUACAUCACAUAACUUAUUUAUGUGAUUAGUGUACUGCAUUAAUUUGCAUCUAUACGAACUAUAAUUUCGCGUUCACUUGUUAAUUAUAUCACAAAAUAAUUUGAAGUUGUCGGUGGUCCCCGUUAAGGAAAUGAGUGAUUCCGCCGGUGAUAGUUCAAAACCACGAGUUGCGGUUUUAGGAGGUUGUGGUUUUAUUGGGCGAAACCUCGUAGACUACCUAAUAACUGAGGAUCUAGUGAGCGGUGUCCGGGUGGUAGAUAAGACUCCUCCUCAACUGGCCUUCCUCAAUCCUGCUCAUACUAAAAUAUUCGAAGACCCCCGCGUAGAGUACAAGAGCGCCAAUCUAAUAAAUCCUGCAUCAUGCGCCGCUGCCCUGGACCCUGGCAAUGGAGAACCGUGGGCUCUGGUAGUGAACUGCGCGGGGGAGACCAGGGUGGGCCAGUCGGAGGCAGUAUACUCCGAGGGUAUCUAUACCCUGAGCUGCAAUGUGGCUAAAGAGUGCGCUAAACAGAAGGUUGCCAGGCUUGUUGAAAUAUCCAGCGGUUUUAUGAGCAGUAAAGACAAGCCACACAAGGAGAGUGAUCCAACCAACCCUUGGACAGUAGAAGCCGUAAUGAAAGCAAAGGUGGAACAAGAGCUGAAGAACAUGGAACCAGAAUUAAAUUACACAAUACUAAGACCGGCGAUCGUGUACGGUAUUGGCGAUAGGAGGAGUCUAACCCCGCGGCUACUAUACGGCGCCAUCUACAAGCACCUGGGGGAAACGAUGAAGCUGCUGUGGACGGCAGACCUGCGGCUGAACACCGUGCACGUGCGGGACGUGUGCGCGGCCGCCUGGACCCUCGGGCGACGGGCUGAUGCUGCGGGGCGCGUCUACAAUGUCGUCGACACCGCCGACAGCACGCAGGGCAGCCUCGCGGAUAUUGUCGCUGACAUAUUCAAGAUUAAUCACGACUAUUAUGGAACAGCCAUAUCGACUCUCGCGAAGACGGACAUAGCGGGCGUGGCCGAGGACGCGAACGACAAGCACCUGACAGCGUGGGCGGACAUCUGCCGGCGGUACGGGCUGCAGCACUCCCCGCUGGAGCCCAGCGCCGCGCCCGACUCGCUCUCCAACAGACACCUCAGUCUCGACGGCUCGCGCCUGCAUGCCAUACUACCGCCAACAGUUGCCGCGCCCACCAGAGACCUCCUCACGCAGGUCCUUGAGGAUUACGCAUCUAUGAACCUAUUUCCGAGAGAGCUUCUGCUAUGACCGACUCAAUAAAUAUACUGAGACAAUAUGAUGCAACGUAAUUUGGACCGCUUCAGUACAGUAUGAAUUAUAAGUCAAUUUAAAAACAUUCCAUGUCUAAUGUAUUUCAUACAUUUUAAAGACAUUUUGAGUGUAUCUAGUUAGGGGCCGUCCAUUCCAUCCAUUUUGUCCAUCCCGUAUUUUUUUUCGGACUAUAAUGCUGUUGGCCGCAGCUGGCUUUUACAGCUUCACCGCGCGAUAGGGGGUGAGUGCAGAUGGCAAUUUAAACCCGCGGAAGGACUUAUGAAGCGGCUGAAGGCCAACUCUCGCGAGACGGAUGCGACUUUAGUCUGAGGACACCGCUAGGGGUUCAAACCUCGGCUCAGGCCGUUAUAAUUUCGAUCUGCAGUUGAAUUGGAUGGGGGAUCGAUCGCAGGGGCUCAUCCAUUCCGUCCGGCUCAAAAAGAGGGAAGGGGUUCGAUAAAAAUCACGAAAUAUCACAAGCGGGUGAGGGAGUGUAGUAAUAUAUCUCGUGUAUUUAUUUUUUAAUUAAUCGCGUUUUUUAUAAACUGAACAACCAACCAAAUAAAGUAAAUAAAAGUAACAUUAACUUU